CGAUAAUCAGACCCGAAACGUCAUAAUUUCGUCUGAAAUAAAGAAAUUUGAAUGAUAGAUGGAGGAAUGUGUGAUCAAACAGUUAGAAGAGCAGUUGGGAUAUUUUGAGGCAGUCUUACAAUACCUAGAUACCAGUGGUAACCUCUCACUUCUCAAGGCACAAUGUGAAAAAUAUGCAAAAGCCAAGAGCCUGGUGUAUACGUUUAAAUUGCUGAUAGAUCCUGCAGACAUUUGUGAAGCUAAUGCUGUUUUAGGUAACCUGUUAUUACUAGAGCCAAAUACUGCUAUCAAAGUCUUUCAGCAGGUUAUUUACAAGACGAUACAAGUUCUGGAAUUAUUACCUGGUGAAUUAUCACUCUCUCAAGUAGCUGUCAUUCUGCGACUUUCUUCUCUGCCAGUAGUACCCAAACUUAAUACAGUAAAAAAUGUAAGAUGUUUGUCGAGAGUUCAUGAUGCAGGAAUAUUUUGUUGUCUUACUGGUGUUGUUACUGGACUCUCAGCACUAUCAAAAUAUACAUUGAGUGCUCGUUACUUCUGUACAGAUGAAGACUGUCAAGGUCACCAUGGUAACCAUUUCAUCAGAAUACAUACACCGGGUGCAUCUGAAGCUCAAACUGUUAGGAAAGAUUUUACAUGCACCUUUUGUUCAUCAACAUUAACUGAAGAAAAAUCCAGUAGAACUUUGUCAGAAAAAGUUGUAGCUGAAAUCAUUCCAGAACAGAUCAUGUCGGAAAUUCACUCUCACUGUAGUAAAAGAUCCCGAGGACAGGCUAUACCUGUCUAUAUCAGAGAUGAUCUCACCAAACUUGUUGAAAUAGGUGAAACAUAUGAGAUCAUUGGAAUCACCAGGAAAGAUGUACUUGACGACAAAAUAAUGUUGACACUUGAGGCAAAUAACAUGAAAAAAGUAAAGAGAGAAAUAUCAGCCAGUAAACUAUUGAAGGAAUUGCCAAGAAAUCUGUUAAAGCUCUACAAAGAUAGGAAAUCAUCACCAUGGAGUUUUGUUCUUACAUUGGCUUACCUGUUUGGAGGUGAUAUAUCUCCCCCAGGAUGUUAUUUCAGUCUUAAACUUGCAGUUUUGUUGAGUCUGGUGUCAAGGAGGGAUUCUAAGACUAAACCACUUCAUGUGUUAGCAGUGGGGUCAGAUACUGAGGUCAUUUCAAGAUUGCUUCAGUUUGGUAUGAGAUUUAAAGAAACGUCCACAAGCCUUACAGCUGGUCAGUCCCUGACAGGUCAUGUGACUUUGGAUAGAUAUAAUAGUGCUCCAUAUUUUGUAGAAGGAGGUUUGCUGCACUUGUCACAAGGUGGUGUAUGUUAUGUUGCAGAUAUUGAUAGGUUGAAGAAAUCAAUGAAACACUCUCUCCAGUCUGCUCUGAGUGGUGGUAAAGUUGUGACUGAUGUUGCCCCCAAGUAUACUGGAAGUCUACCCCACCAUAUAGAACAGGCAUUAAGAAGUAGAAUCUGGGGCUAUGUUAGCCCCACAUUGUCUAAAAAGCAGUCCUCCACAGACAGUGAUGUGUUUGCUGGGGCAAAUACAGGUGACAUUCCCAGGACCCUUUUAGAUGGUUUCAGUAUACUAAGCUUUACUGAUCAUGGUGAUAUUGCAAGUAAUGAGCUGGUUGAGGAUCAGAUGGUUGAAACAACGCUGAUGUCAGCAUUGACAUAUGACGAGACUCUCAUACCUUGCACCACUGAGCUGCCAAUAACCACAGCAGAUUUUCAACAGUUUGUUAGAUUUGCCAGUCAGUUGAGACCAAAGUUUAGAAAGGAAGCAGAAACCCUCAUUCAUAGCUAUUACAUGACCUGCAGAAAAUCAAGGUCAACACCAGAUGGCACUGAUGUCCCUGUUAAUGCAGACCAAACUUUGUUAUCUCUUGCAUAUAGCCAUGCAAAAGUUGCCCUGAGAAACGAAGUCACCAUCAACGAUGCACUGAUGGCAGUGAAGUUCUAUGAAGAGUAUCUUACAAACAGAUUUGGAUAUUCAACCCUAAAUGUCCAACCAAUACCUCAUGUGACUUCAAAUGUUCUCAACCAUUGCAUAGGCCCUGCAAAUGACAAGCAGAUGCAAGAGUUCCACAAAAAUCUUCUCCGAUACUGCUCCCUUGCUUCAGGAUUGGAGGAAUAAGUGCAGGUAUUACAAGUGGAAAAAAGUUUACAAUGAUAGACAUUGAGAUAUAGCUGAAUGUAUUGACCACAUAUGGGAGAGCCGUACACUGUUCUUUAUUUGCAGGUUACUCGCUCUUUUUUGGCAGGUGCUUGAAUACCUUGCAAGAAAUGAAAUGAGUGGUCAUCUGAGCCAGGUGGUAUAUGUUCAUGGCUGUCUUUUAUACAGGUUUGACUGUACUAGGGAUAUUUAUGUAUAUCUUAAACAAAAAUAUGAAUUGGUGAAUGUCAAAGUGAAAUGCUGUUGCAAAAAUGACAUUUCACCCAGAACACACAAAACAAACGUGACAGUCAAAGUUGAAGAGGAUUGUAGCAAAACUAAUUAAAGGUGUUUGAAAAGUUUUGGCGAUUCCAUGUUUAUAACCGUGAAGUUUAGCUUAGGUUUUAUUUACCAUUGGACAGGAAACGCGUUAUUCAUUAUUCGGGAUAAAAUAAAACGAUUCUUGAACAAUUACCAUAAAGAUGCAAAUCUUCUGUCUUAUUUAGUGGUUAAAUUUUGUUGCGAUUGAUACUACUAUAUUAGCUUAAAGAUGUAUACUGCUCAUCUUUCAUUGAAAUAUCUUUUAUUUAGAUAUUUACUUUAAAUGCAUCAAUUAUAUUUAACUUCACCAAAUAUAUAAAUAAAUUGUCUAUAUUUAGCUAAAUUCAUAACCAAAUGUCCUGCAGUAACAGCUGACUGUGUAAAAAAAACUUCCAGUUUUUUGUGGUAGUACACAUUUAUACUGUUUUCACCUGUACAUGUAUACAGUGUGUACUAUUUUUAACAAAAUUCAUAGCAGUGUUAAUACACAUAAAUGUUUAUUCUAUGUUUACAUAGACUACUGGUAGUAUUUUUUUCAUGUUUUCAAAUAUGAAAUUUGGGUCAAGUAUACCUUUAAAUAAAGGUUAGGUUAUAUCUGGACAUAAAGUGGUCUGAAAAAAUUGAAAUCCUUUUCAGAUUGACAUUGUUGAUAAAUUUUGCAGGUUCUUUACAUGUAGUAAUAUUUGAAGAAGUGUGCACAGAUGUGAUAAAUGUUUCAACUUUGAUAAACUAUCUUUAUCUAAUAAAAUCACUUAAUAUAA